CUGAGGCCGUUAUCGUUGCGAAAGUCAUCAUUUGGCGCCAGCAGCAGCAGCAGCGGUAGCAUCAACGCUUGUCCACCCCCACCACCUACACCGCACAGCGCCAGCAGCUCUUGCACUGCUACUAACACCACCACUACCAUCAACAACAACAACAACAACAAAACAAAAAGCACCAUCACAGUUGCAGGCACUAUCAAUCAUCUCAUCAAUACUAAUCGCACAAAUGAUAUUAUAAAAGGUGGCAGUAAAACAGCAGCAGCAGCAGCAUCCACAUCCCACAGAGUAGACGCAACAACCACUCCGCCAGCAGCAACUUGCAGUUCACCGUGCAAUCAAUUGCAGGUGAACUAUUUUGAAUUCCCACCAAAUCUCGCUUUAUUGGCAACCGGUUCCACCCCAUCGCUGGCGACAACAACAGCUGUAGCGUUAGCCGCAUCCACCACAAGCACCCCUGCCCUCACAUCCGCCACAAAUUCACCCAAAAAUUUCUACCAGCCACAACAUCACUCACACUAUUACCAACCACAUUUGCACCAGCACCAACACCAACACCACCAGCAAAAGAGCCAGCAGCACCACCCCCACCCCCAACCAAACAAAAUUAUUCAACAUCAACAACAAUCGCGACAACAUUAUUCACACUUUUCAAAACAACCACAAGCUGAAUUUGAGGCUGAAUUUAGCAGAGAAGCAGAAGAGCUACUAAGUUUGUCAACAGCAGCAAAUAAGGGGGCAGUAAUACCCGUUUUAGCUACGCCACCAGCAAAUAAAAUGGGACGACGCGAAAUAAAAAGAUCCAACACCAGCGGUUCCACUAUAAAAUCAUACGAUGGUGGCAGCGCUACCACAAAUUUCGUGGGGAAGUUUACGCAGAGCGUACGUCGAAUUGUACAAGAUGUCAAGGACGAAGGAGCGCCAAGUGGCAUGACACGCGACGAGGUCAUCGAUACCAAUGAACGUUUGAGAGCUUUACGCUUACGGCUAGAGGAGUCCUAUGAUACAGCCAAGAAGGCGCUUAUAACUCUGAUGAAUAAAUAUGGUGAUUCGAAGAGCCAACGUAAUGUGUUCCAGCGUUACCCAAUGCUAAAAAUAAUGAUAAAAGAUGUUAUUCGCUUGGAAACGCAAUAUUGGACGUUGAUUGAUAUACCUAGGCAGGAGAAGCAAGAAACGGUGCCGUCGUAUGUAAUGCGCGCUUGUGCGAUCAUGGAGAAGACACAAAAGUCUGGCGAGGGUGUGAAGACUUCAGCCAAAUUGGCUGAAGAGGCAGCGGAAAGGCGCGAGCGUAUGGAACGUUUGGAAUUCAUGACCACUGCACAAAUCGAGCACGAGAAUACACAACUUAUAAAUGAUUUAUAUCGACUGCUGAAAAAAUAUUUAGGACUGCGGCAUUUAAUCCGAGUGCUCAAGGAGGAAUAUGGCAGCUCAAAAAUGUAUCCGAUUUUCCCGCGCUACACAAUGCUCAAAGAUAUGAUUAAAGGCAUCAUGCACGAUCCGGAUUAUAUGGAAGUUUGCCAUGAAAUAAAUAACUGAGUGGUAGACUAAAGAAUAAGCCGAGUGAAAUGUGGUCAAGGAUGCACCAUCAUACCUACAUACAUACGUAUGUAUAAGCAGCAAAAAGAUGUUAAAAUAUU